CUGAGAUUAGUUAACUGCAGUCACUUGGCUUUACAUUGCAAAUAUCGUUAGCAUUAACUAAAUUAAUUCUUUUAGGACCAGGUCAAGAAUUUUUUUCCUGUUGUUGUCUUUUGAGCACUUGAACCUCUACUUUUGGACAACUUUCACUCAGUCAUGUCUCUGAUGGAACUAACCUGCAAUAUGCCAUUUAACCUCUGUUUUGUAAGCUCAAAAUUCUGCUCAGAAGUGUCAAGUUUAUGGUUUUACUUUAUUAGAAAUGUCUUCAACCUUGUUAUUCAGGAAACAAAUAACUUUACUAAAGAAGAUGUGGAGGCGUACAAGUAUGCUUUGAGUCAGUCUGGAUGUAGCGGUCCCAUAAACUAUUACAGGGAAGCACUGUCAUCUGAUUUGCCUCGAGGUCACACCCGCACAAAGAUCAAGGCCCCGACCCUUGUGGUUUGGGGAACAGGAGAUAUCUAUCUUAUGAAAGAAACCUUGAUAGGAACAGAACAGUAUGUGGAGAACUUGACCAUCAAGUAAGACGUUCAUUUGGCGUUUUAUGACAAAUAAACAAACAAACAAAACAAAAGGAAAGUAAAAUCCAGGCUGUGUAUCAAUACAUGUUUCAUAGGGAAGUACUAAACAAGAUUGGUAAAUGACGGAAGGUGCAGGGGACAGUGACACUUGUCAGUCAUAACUUUUUCUGCAAAACUACCAAAAGUCAGACUGGAUUUUGCACGCCGUAGCUUUUAGUUGUUAGGUGCCUCGAUUUUUAACUUAUUGCCUUUAAGUUUAAGAAACAUUAAUUCUAGAGUUUUAUUUAGGAAAGCCUUAGAUGAUUAUUACUUGUAAU